AGUGAUAUAGACAAGUGCUAAUUUUAUUUUAUACACAAGUUGAAACUAAGGGUUAAAUCGAAUUGUGCCUUAUUGGAAUGCGUAGAAAUCGUCACGCACGAGCGGUCCAGAAGACCAUGGAGAAGUAACCCACCAGUUUGCGGGUAUCCAAAGAGUUUUUGUUAAUGACCGCGAUGAAAAACAAGCAUAACGGAAACCCGAUACAAAUGUAAAUAAGAAAAGUGGAACAAUGAAUCGUGACUAUUACAAAGCGAUGUACACCAACAAGAACUGCAAUCGGAAUGUGACGGACAGUCAGGAUAUGCUCGACAACGACACGGAGUUUAAUGCGAACAGGUUCAAACUCUACGACGAUUUCUCGAACGAUCUACAUUUCAACUUUAGCACUUUGAGGAAUUUUCACGAUGUUGUGAGAAGCGAUGGUUGUAGACGCAGGGGAGACCCCAACGACUCUGGUGUUGACGUAGAGAACGGCAACCCGUUGGAUGACGCCACCACCUCUAACGAUAGCGAUAUGUUGGAGAACGAAGUUAUGGUAGAUACUUGGAGCAGUAUGGACUCAUCUAAUUCUCCAUUGACUGACUCCGGACCCUCCGCCAGCGAUGACUGCCCGCCUUCCACGUCCAGUGAAACCCCCCUUGGAUCUUUACAGACUUCUUCCUCUAACACAACGGAUACGCGCCGUUUAUUGGACCCAAAAGACACCAAAUCAAAAUAUGCUAAACAUGUGUUACCCAAAACAGACAAGGCCCGAGAUCUCACGCUGGACCUGGAUAACUUAGAUUCCGACCAUAUCCCCCGCCGGCCGCACUUCCUAGACGAUGAUUACCACCUGCCCUCCAAAUCGAACAUCGAAUGUCGCAUCCCCAAGCCUCACUUCCUCGAUCACUCGCCAUCGCCGGACGAGUUCGAUGAACGUAGUGACAUUACCAACCCAAAUUUUCUAGACGACGAAGUAGAUGGCGACGAUAACCUAGCACAAAAGAAAGCAGGCGCAUUUCCGAAACGAUCGACGAAAACACCAUCUGCCAAUUACACACCUCAAGAGGACAGACCGCACAGAACUAGUUAUAGAAGUACUUUGCACUAUGGUUUGGAAAGUGCAGCUAGAUCUAGUGAACGCGAUAAACGAGCUUCCCAACUCUAUAGGGGGACAUGGCCCGGAGAGCGCGAUGUGUGGACUGCACAUGACUCAUCAAGUGUACGAAGCUUCUCCAGCAACGGCUCGGAUUGCGCUAGGCCGUCAUCUAAUUUAGAAAACAAAAUGGAAUGUGUGUGUUCUCUAAUUUCCCUUCUAAGUCUGUCACCAGAAAAUAAUGCCGAUUUAAGUGGACCAUUAUUAGAUAUGAGCAGAUCUGUUGAAAGCUGCGUAGCAAUGAGGCAAGCGGGGUGUAUUCCUUUACUGGUUCAACUAAUCCAUUCGAAAGUAGCAAGAGAGACCAGAGACCGGGCUGCAAAGGCGCUUCGAAACAUAAUUCACACACAGACAGAUGACAAGGCCGGUAGGAGAGAAGCGAGAGUGUGGAGACUGUUAGAACAAGUUAGGGAAUAUUGUUAUAUACUGGAAGAUGUAGUAGAAUCUAGAAAAGAAGGGAAAGAAGCAAUAGAGGAUGAUGUUACCAAGCACCCUAGCCAAAGUGUGGCCGCCUUAAUGAAAUUGUCUUUUGACGAGGAGCAUCGGCACGUGGUAUGUCAAUUAGGAGGAUUGCAAGCUCUAGCGGCAUUGGUCAGCGGUGACCAAGCUGCACAUGGAAGCAGAACUGACGACAAUACGUGUUUGACAAUGAGAAAAUACGCUGGUAUGACUUUAACCAACCUGACAUUUGGAGACGGAAACAAUAAAUCAUUAUUAUGUUCCUUUAAAGACUUCAUGAUGGCUUUGGUUGAACAACUGGAGUCACCUAACGACGAUAUGCGACAGGUCACUGCAGCGGUUCUCAGAAAUCUAUCGUGGAGAGCCGAUACUAACAGCAAACAAGUUUUAAGAGAAGUAGGCGCUGUCAAAGGUCUAACAAAAGCCGCUAUGACAUGUCAAAAAGAAGCGACCCUGAAGUCUGUUCUAUCUGCCCUAUGGAAUCUUACAGCACAUUGCUCCAUGAACAAAGUGGCUCUAUGUUCGGUUGAUGGAGCUCUGGGCUUCCUUGUAGAUAUGCUCAGUUACAAUUCCCCGACGAAGACAUUGGCAAUUGUGGAAAACGCAGGUGGCAUUAUGCGAAAUGUGUCCAGUCACAUCGCAGUUCGCGAAGAUUACAGACAAAUUCUCCGCGAGAGAAAUUGUUUAAGUGUCUUGCUCCAGCACCUUAAAUCUCCCAGCCUAACAGUGGUUAGCAACUCGUGCGGUACUCUGUGGAAUCUGUCAGCGCGGUGCCCCCAAGAUCAGCAGUUUCUGUGGGACCACGGGGCUGUACCGAUGCUUCGUAGCUUAAUACAUUCUAAACAUAAAAUGAUUGCCAUGGGAUCGAGUGCUGCACUCAAGAAUUUACUUAAUUCUAAACCUGGAAAGACGCAUAUAAUUUCACUAGAUACGACGGCGAGAAGCAUGAAUUUACCAGCGCUACCGACCCUUGGAGCGAGAAAGCAAAAGGCAUUGGAGCAAGAACUAGACCAAAAUUUAGCGGAAACGUGUGAUAAUAUCGAACCGGCUACUUCUCCUUCCACCAGUAACAGAGAAGAGAAAAACCUUUUUACAGCAACUGAAAGACAAAUUGCUAUGAAUCUAGAGAGGCAUCGAAUGACAUCUAGCUCACCACUCAUGGGCAAUCUUUCAUCUCAGAUAUCGUUAAGUCACAGUGCACAUUUAGCUAGUUAUCUCAGUUGCAGUAAUACGCUCCUUAAAGGGGCAUUGGUGUCUAGAUCCUCGGAAGGAAGCUCUACUAACGUUAACAGAUCAGAUAGUAAAGAUUCAGUUACAAGUACUCACUCUGAUUCAGUGUUUGAAAGGGGCAUGCGCACAGGAAAAGUUCCUGUCCCUACACCGAGGAGCAAAGACUUGAUGAAGAUGGACACGGGAAGUGAUACCUUCAAAAGCUCAAAGACUUUAUCAAAAGACGCUACUUAUCUUCGCUACUCCGGUCAACCACCGAUCCCGCCUCCGAGAAGCUCAACAGACAUGAGAACAAACUACACAGAAUCUGGUUAUGACGUCGACCAGGAUUCUUGCGACCAGCCCAUCGAUUUCAGUAGAAAAUACUCUGAAACCAAAACGGAAUCAGAAUCUGUUGAGAAACCUAAAGCGGAGACCAAAAAAUAUUCUAAAAAGGAAACGAACACUUUUGGCGAUUACCAAGAGACUGAUCUAGAUCAACCAACCGAUUACUCUUUGCGUUAUGCGGAGCACCAAUCAGAGACCGGCUCAGAUAUUUCUGAACCCCCAGCACCUUCAGUUCAUGAAGACACUAUCAAACAUUUUGCAACGGAAGGCACGCCUUAUGAAACUCCAAUCAUAUUUUCAACUGCCACGUCCAUGUCUGAUCUCCGUAUAAUCGGCAAAGAUGGUAAACCCAAAACGUCUAGUGUAAAGGAGAAUCCUGAAGUCAUGACCCAUUCGGACGAGAAAGAUACAUGUUCUAUCGAAGAUCCACCUAGACACGAUAAUGACAUUGCAAUUUCUACACCACCUACGGCAUCAAUUUCUGAACCUAUCGUUGAAAAACGGAGUGUAUUUGACACUAAAUUCAGUUCGGGAAUGAUAAGCCCGGAGAAGCCUGUGAAUUACUGUGAUGAAGGAACGCCAGGAUACUUCUCCCGAGUUAGUUCAUUGAGUAGCUUGGGAGAGCCGACCGAGGAGGACAGCUUGGCCAAAAAGAACGCUCGGGCGUCGAUCAACGUCGAGCCAAGUCCACAGGAGCAGAGUACUAGCAGCUCCGGAAAAGAUAAAGAAGGUUCGAAAGCGGUGACGUUCGCCCAGGAGCCGGUCUCCAUUGCGCAGGAGGCGUCCGGCGCGGAUUCGGCUCGCACGGCGUCGCCGCAGCGGUUCAUAGAAGACACUCCGCUGAUGUUUUCACGCUCCAGCUCUUUGGGCUCCCUGCCCGAGUGCUCGCAACAGGAUGACCAAGGAUCUGUCAUAUCCGAAGUUAGUCGCCUGACUUCGGGAUGUAUAUCGCCGAGUGAAAUCCCAGACUCUCCCGGACAGAGCGUUCCACUGUCCCCGCGAUCAAGGCACGCGCCCGUCGUGGUCCGGACUGCGCCCACCACCCCACCUCUGGCGGAGGGCCGCAACAUAUCGGUGUUCGAGGAGCGUACCUCGCAAUUUGUGGUGGAACACACGCCGGCGCAGUUCUCCGCAAACACCAGUCUCUCGAGCCUCACCAUCAACGACGAGCCCAAGCUACCAUUGCUACUGGAAGAUAUAAAUAAGGAGGCCAACUCGGAACUCAACUCACCACCGCCGGAAGAUUUACCCACCAGUUCUCAGGAAGUCGAUAUUAGUUCACCGCCGGAAAUACCAUCAACAAAUGAAGGCAACGACAGUAAAGGAGGGGAUUCGUGCGGCGAUUGGGAGUCGACCGGCGGCAUCCACUCGUCGGACAGCGACGCGGCCAGCGAUGCGGAGCUUUUGCAACAGUGCAUACAGAAGGGAAUCAUGCAGGUAGUAAAAAUAAAAGGACCCCCGUCAGACGUAUCAUCUGUGAAUCCGUUUAGAGACGACGUUUAUAGGUCAUUGCCUCCAUAUUUACGGUCUUCAACGGAGACCGUUAUGAUGUCUCAUGACUUUGCGAGGAAUAUCCGCGAAAGCAGCAGUCCGUUACCCCCACCAUUGCCUCCUAAGAUACGGAACCCGGAGGCACCGCCUCGUCCUCCUCCGAUGGAAGAUCAUCCGCUUUUGGAAGGGCGAAGACACGAAAGCCGCCAAUUAGAGAAAACACACCGCGAAAGACCGAGGCUGCCAACCGCACAACAUCUAGUGAGAAACGAUUCACUUAGCUCCCUCAGCCUUGACUCCUUCGGUUCCACUGAUCGGGAGAUAUUCGAGGAGACUGUCAAAGCUGGUCUCUCGAGCGUCAACCCUAGAGCAGAAUUCGAACUCGAUAGCAAAGGUAAGGCGCAUUCAGUAGAGAGGAAGCCUGAAUCUAUCAGACAAGGCAGACAUCACAAAUCCCUUGAUAGAAGCGACAAAAUAUCCCACCGCGGACCGAAAAUAAGAGAUCCAGAGUUUGAGAAAAAUCUGGCCUCUGGAGCUUAUAACAUCAAAACUACUAGCAAAGUUAAGAAGUUGGAAGAUUUCGCAAAUGUCACUAGAUCACCCUAUUCGUACCAUGGAGAGACCUCCAGCCAUCAUUCGAGGUUUAAACACCAUUCUCGAUUUUAUGAUGAUGGUCCGCCAAGUUUACCAGCUAGGAUAGAUGAUCCACGGAGAUUAGAAAGGAGUAACUCACUCAGUUCUUUAAGUAAUGACUCCUUCGGAUCCACCGAUAAGGAAGUUUUUGAACGGUGUGUACGUAUGGGAAUGUCGAAACCUCAACCGAAAAAACGCGAUGAAAAAUUAAGAGUUAGGAGUGAUGACAGGUUGGAAAUUCGAGAAUCCCAUCGCAGACGUCGCAAAGACACCAAACAAGGGGCAUUGGAUAAAAUGGUAGGCGAGGAGUACAGCAAAGAUAGGGCGAUAUUGGAAGAGGUGAUCGCGCGGGGAGCGGGGGAAAUCAAACCCGGAGAGGCGGGAAAUCAGAAAAGUCAGUCAAAAAACGUUCCGGCGCCGUCUGCGGUUCUCGCGGCCGCAGACGCGCGCGCCGACAACGCGCGAGGCAGCACUGGCUCUGACCAUGACUCCGCCAUCGACACCACCAUAGAGAUCACCCUGAACGAUUCCAACGUUUCGGUGUUCGAACGCUCCAACGAAAUGGCUACUGUCGAUUCGGGAAAUACAACUCUAGAAUCCGACAGUAAUGAACUAGAUCACUCCAAUGAAUGCUUAGCUCCCAAAUCCUGUAAUACAACUGUUGAAUCUGAGAGAGAUGAGCUAAAUAGGUCCAACGAAUCGUAUGCUGAUGUUUUAGAUGGUUCUUGGAGUGAUGAGGAAGAGAAACCUAAGGAAUACGACGCAGCUACGUUAACUAGGAAAAGCAAACAUAAACUUGAAUGGACGGACAUUAAAUGCACAGAUAGUCAUAUAAACUUUGACGAUUUAUCCAAGAAAAGCAAUGAGAAUGAUACAUGGAAUGAAAAUACUUGUCCUGAUGACGUCACUUUCCCAACUAUAAGCGGUUCAGUCCACUUGGUUUCAUCUAUGAGAAGUGAAAUUGUGGACACCGCAAUGGCACUCCCAGAUUUACUAGAAAAGACUCCAAAAAUGUUUUCAAAACUGGAUUUGACUGAUAAACUCGAUGGCAAUUUAGUUACAAGCGACGAUGGAAAGGUCGACGAUAAAUUGUUAGAAAAUAUCCCUGAGCCAAGUUUCACGUCGCUAGUCGACGAUGGUGAACCGAAAUUCGAUUCAAUCAUGUCUUCCGCUAUAGAAAAGGAGGCUGCCCGAUUAGCGGCCCAGUUGAAAAACGCGCAAUUCACUAUGGACAAUAGCGUCACUUCUCUCACGUCCAUAGAUUUAGACAAUGUCAAACCACCUUCAAAUUUAGGGAGUUUAUUGUCACUUAGUGCUUCAGGUCAUUGGGAUGAGUCACAAUCCCAGACAUCUAAAAAAUCACACAAGAGUCGAAAGAAAUCUUUACCGGUAGCGUUAAUGGUAAAACGAGCUCUGAGCAAUUCAAUGCACCAAGGUAGCUCGGAGCAUCUUGAUAGUCUUUCUCUGAGUUUCCUUGAUAAUGUAAAGCCGCCUUCCGAAAUGGAACACAUCGACAUGAAUGGGAGCAUGAUUUCAGUGUCGAGCAUAGUUUCCGAGGUGGCUGAAACGAGAGAUAGUAAGACGCCAAUUAUAUUCGACUUUAAACAACCAGUGCAAGACUUCCCGCUUUGCACCACAUUUACAAGUGUCUUCCACGAUUUAGACAAAGUUAACCCUCCAUCUCUGUUCGACGAAAUGGCAGAAUCUACUCUAGAAAUCGAACCGACAACAGCGCAUAACGUUUACGAUGAUUGCGUUUCGAAUACUUUAAACGUUAUAACCGAUAUUCCAUCGGGUUCCGAAACCUGCACACCUCUUCCCUCGGAUAUAAGUAGCGUAGAAUCUACUCCGAAGAGACAACGAGAUCAAAAAUAUUUAACACCAAAAGAAAAAAGGAUUGCAGCCAAACAUAGAUAUCAAACAUAUACCAUCACUGAUACGGUAUCAGAGAGCGAUGUGGUUUUGAAAGUUGAGAAAGAAGAAUUUGUGACGUGGACUAAGUCAGAGAGCGAUAAAUCGGAUGAUUACGUUACAGCGACUUCUGAACCGAAAAUAAAGAGACGGCUAAGUGCAAAACAAAGAAGAAUGGAAGAUAGAGCUCGGUAUCAAACUCAAACUGUUGACAUACAAAAUAUUCUGAGUUCUCAAGAGUCAUCUCAAUCUAAAGACCAGCCAAAUCCGCAUAUAGAAAGUUUAAAGCAACGCUUGGCUGCGAAGAAAACGUUAAAACAAAGACGCAUGGAAGAUGCUGAAAGGUUUAGAACGAGAACGUUAAGUGAGGAUAUUCCACCGUCUCCGACGUUUGUUACUAAAGAUGCAAAUUUUGAAAACCUUGAGACAACGACAGGGUACGAUAGCUUAUCUUCAAACGAACUGAACCACCAGCAAAUACUCGACGAUAGACAAAGUGACGAUGUCUUCAGAGAUGUAGAUAGUGGACAUAAUGAAGAUGACUUUGAACUAAAUUCUGCACAAUUGAAAACGUAUACGAAGAGUUUUAGAAAUUAUUUACCUGUUAUUGAAAGUCCGGCAGCGGUCGAUAUGUGCGUUGUUAACAAUUUGAAGAAUAUAGAAAUGACAGCUUCAUUCAGACGCACGCUACAAUCUGAUAAGAAUCAAAAUCCGAGCAGUAGUGACUUCGCAAGUUACGAGGGCGAUAGCAAUUCAGAGGACAAAGUACACUCGGAGUCCGACUCCGAAACGCCCACUUCUAAGCCGAAACCAAAGAUAAUUAAACCCGAAAGAAGAGACGAAAGUCUAGAUUCAAAUGAUUCUGGUGAGAAAGAACACGAAGCACCGAAAAUUGUAAGAGGUAGAAAGAAAGCUAUGUACGUGUCGCCAUACAGGAGAACGGUACCAAGUCCAAAAAAGCCACUAACUCCACCGGCGAAAACAUCGCCAAAAUCUAGCUUAACGUUAAUCAAGCCAUCUACAAGUUCCUCCAACAAAGCUCACUCUAGUGCCAAACCACCGACCAAAAUGCUUCCAGCAACAAAAACUAGCACUAACACUUCGCCUAAGAAAACCGCACCAAACAAAUCACCCUCCAAGCUAUCUCAAAAACCCAUUACGAUUCCACCGGUUGCUAGCAAACCAAUACCAUUAGUUAGACAGGGUACGUUUACGAAGGAAGAAAGUUGCGUGCCAGCAAGAGAACUGCCUAUACCUGAUAAAAAGGCUAACACACGUGUUGGGACAGCAACCUCGCCCACGAAAGCUGCGCCCAACACUUCUCCAUCUAGACUUCCGCAGUUCAAUCGCUCUCGCCCUUCGACGAGUAAAAAUAACAAGGCGGCCCAGCAAAGUACUUCCAAACGUAAUUCAGAGCCUAUGAUGAAAAACUCUGCUUCUAAUCACAGUUUGCAAAGCAAUGACAGUGGAAAAACAAUCAUACUCGCUCGCGGAUCUAGACAAGGUAGCACCUCGAGCGUAAAUUCCAUAUCGUCGUCUUCCAAAACGAAAGACGUUGAGAGCAAAAUUGCGAAUCUAUGGAAAAAAGUUGAGUUAACUAAAAAGUUACCAGCGAAAAGCGAUAAAAAAGUUUGGAUUGAAAGCGACAAGACUGAAACACCGAAGUUAAUCAGGAGUUCGACCUUCGAAGGUCAACCGAAACAGCAGGUAUCGACGGCGACUAAGCAGAAAUCGGCAAUCGGUAUCAGAGUUUCGCAGAUUCCAAGUUUGAGGCCAAAAUCGACGCCAAACAAAAGUACGAGCCAAAGUAGCGUCAAUAAAAAACCUACUAGAGGCUUCCUAAGAAAAGGGAGCGGUCAAGUCACCUCCUGAACAUGAUCGAAUGAUCAACAAAAGUGAGUCCGAUUGAUUUUGCGACCGUAAUUAGGUCAGGCUUAGGGUAUGCUGAGGCAUAUGCGAUGCAAUUUUCGCAGCGUAGGACUGUACGCAUAUUAUGUGUUGUAUUCAGAGUUGCGUACACUGAUGCACGCAGAUUUUUACUGUAUCGAUGCAAUAUAUAUGUGUUGCGUUGUGUCGUGACCUUUGUAUGCAUCGACCAUGCCUCAGCUUACGUAAAGUCGAAAGUCGGAAGUUGACGAAAAUGUAUUUCAAGGAAUGGAUUGAAAAUGAUUUAAGGUUAAAUUCUAGUUAACAGCAAAAAGUAAUCAACAGUGAUUUCUAAAUAUUAUGAUCAGUAAUCACCGAACUGAUUUUUGAUCGAGUAUAUUUAAGUAUUGAUUUACUAUAUUAUUUUACUCUGUUAAAACGUAUUAUAUUGCUGCAAAUACUUAAAUAGUUAAUACCAAUAGUUGACUUAAAAUUGACUAAUAUUUGAUAUGAACUUCGUUUUGCGCGAUUAUUAUAUCCGAUGUAAAAAAAAAGAGUUCUGUGAACAAUAUCUAAUAUGUAUUUUGUGUUUUUCAUUAAGUAUAUUAUUUUUGUGUAUCUGUUGCAUUUAUUUAACUUGGGGGACGAAAUUAUAUUACUGUCUUUAUAAUAAAAUAAAUAAUCAGUAUGUACGUACGUAUGUAGUUCUAAGAAUAGUUCUUGAUGAGAAAGCGUCACAAUUUUGUAUUACUGAAAAAAACAGGCAUAACUGCUCUUAAAAGUAAGAAAGGUAUUCGUUAAUAUAAAAAAAAAUUGCUGGUUUCUUUUCCUAAAAUUUACUAUGGGAUUUAUGGUAUGAAAACAUGAGCUUUUCAUCCAUACAAUUCACUUCGGCAUUUCUUAAUCGCAUUCAAAAAUUUGUAAAUAUUAAGCUCCUAGCUGUUAAGGUUAACAUAUACACAUAUUUGUAUAUUUUUCAUACAGCAUAAAAUAUUCAUAAUGUUAUUGUAGUAUAAAUCGUGUCGCAUAAAAUAAACGCUGACAGUUUAUUUGCACAUUGGGCAAACUAUUCAAAUACGUGAAUUGUUAAUGUUUUAUGCCGGUCAUCAGUUAUUUUUUUUUUAAACUUACGUCGUAUUUCAAAAAUGCAAAAGGGGAAAACUUUAGCUAUAAUAUAUACGUGUAAUAUAUAAAUGGAUAAAUGCACUUACUGAUGAAGAUGAUUAUUUUAAUAAAAAGGAAAACUUCAACUACAUAAAACUGUAAAUGUGCGAAAUCUGUACAUUAAAUUAUUUUUGUUAUCUUUGAUGACGAUUAAUUGUUAUUACAAGAUGACAAAUAAAUGAUAUAUUGUACAGAGAUACUUGUAUUCUAUAAACACGGCAAUACGUAUUUAACUAUAUAUUUAAAUUUAUCGUCCUCAUUCUACUAAUCCCACUACUGGACACAGAUGGUAGAUCAUAGACCCAUCAUGCAUGUAAUUAUAUAAAUUGCCCAAUGCACUGGUCGAUGUCAGCUUUCUUUUUACGUGGUGCGACCUAUACCUAGUAAUUAAAUAAUGGCAACAACACACCGCUUCGGAGUAAAAAUGAUGACAUCGUGUGGUUAUGUCGUAAUUUUUUACGUCUAGUCAGUUUUAAUGUUAGUGUUAAUCCGCGGGUUAGUUAUUCGGCUUACUUAUGAGUUGUUAGCGCGGAGAGCUUUGCAUACAGUAUAAUUAUAAUACAUAAUAAUAAUGAAUGAUUACUUUCGUUGCUCCGAAUAUAAACUGGCUUCUCAAUAUUGUAUUUCUUAGUUUUAUUUCUUGAACGGUUAUUUAAGUUUAAUGCUGUUUCCACGCAUUUUGGGUUGGUAAAAAUAUUUGGUUAUCGUGUCUUACUUUUAACAGAAAGCUAAUGUAUCGUCAAUUGAAAGAAACGUUAUAUGUAACAGACUGAUAUGAACAGAGUAUAUUCUGCCUUACUGUAUAUUUUAAGAUUGUUUUCUUAUCGAACAAGUGAUAUUCCAUCAAGCUAUGCAUAAUGCAAUAACUCUUUGAUGAUUUUGUGACACAUCAUUGUGACGUCAAAACUGGCAUUACUUUGUACAAGUGCUGUGAAGUUUUAAAUUGUUCAAACUUUUUAAAUUGGUGUUACUAAUGUCAUAUGAUUUCAAUGGAAAGGCCCUUGGGCUAUAAAAUUACGUGUAACUUUGUAUGCUAUGACUUAUUUAAAUUCUUAAUGUCCCAUCCUUCGAUUCCUUGCAUUUAUUACAACCUAAACUAAAUCUCAAUAAAACAGAAACAAUGAAUUCGAAAGCUUGUAUCCUAAAUGCGUUGAGACUUUAUGGUUUAUUGUUUCCACAAUGGAUGUAUACCUAAGUCGAAAAAUAUAUUUUUAAUAGUUUCAUAUUGUCAUUUUAUACAAAACUACGCUAUCAGUAGCGACUAAAAGUAAUGCGUUUUUACUUUACUCGGAAAUGAAAACUUAUGGUUAAGUUUGUAGUUAAAACAAAAUUAAUACUAAAACGAAAUCACGCUCUCAACAUAUUUAUAAAAAGUAUUAAAGUCUCAUCUCUCAUUCACCCUAGUAUACCUACUCUAUAGAUUUAUUUUAGCAUUACACUUAAUUAGGAUAACUUUGCAAAGCAACUUUCUCUGUCACAACCCAGAUUGUCAGUUUUAUUUAUGUGAUGUAUAAUCCGAUAGAUAUUUUUUACGAGCUGUCAAAUUGUACUUUAGUAAUCUGUUAUUUGCAUUUUCAAAUACUAAAUGUUUUCUAAAAGUUUUACUGAGAAUCUGUUUUUCUGUUCCAUUUUACCGUUAACUGUAAAGGUGAGAUAGCCCAAGCAAAGUUAACCCAACAUACAACAUAAAAAAUGUUACAACAGCUUCCAGUAAGCGUUAUUCCAUUGUUUAGCGUCAUUUGUAGCGAUUUUAAGUAUGAAUAGUUUAUUUUUGGUUGUAUUACCUGUAUUAGUGGUAGUUCUGACAAGCCAGUUUUUAGCUAAAUGAUUAGGUACAUACUACAUAUUAGUGUAUAAGGUGCGUAAUAUGAUGGUAAUAAAUGGAAUUUACCCGAC